UCUUCGGUUAAAAAAAGAAAAGAAAAAGAAAAGGCUAUAAAUGGUAGAUGAAAAAUGUACAAGUAGGAAACGAUGGCCACGUAGCGCGCCAUGAAGCCAGUGACUUUUCUUCCAUUUCCGUUGGCACUUUCAGCUUCUUCUUCUUCUUCUUUUCUGAUUCAGUUUCUGAAACGCAGCCACUUUUCUUCUUCUCCAUUAAUAUCCUUCCUUCCAACAUCAUAUUCCAACACUAUUUCUUCAGUUUCACGAUCCCACAUGGACAAGCACUACUCGCAAGGUAAGGAAGAUGCAGAUCAGACAAGGGAAGCUUGUAGCAAAGGAUCAUGCGAUGUGUUUCCAACAAAGGGUCUUUCUGAUAGUAUAAUCCCUCACAUCCUUAACCUGUAAGGAAGAUGCAGAUCAGACAAGGGAAGCUUGUAGCAAAGGAUCAUGCGAUGUGUUUCCAACAAAGGGUCUUUCUGAUAGUAUAAUCCCUCACAUCCUUAACCUAUAUGCAAGCUGUGCAACACCACGUGACUUUGAAAUCUAUGAUCCAAAUGCUUCAUUUGAGGACCCUCUGAUGUGUGCACACGGGGUGAAGCAGAUCAAGUCAGCAUUUUAUUCACUUUCCAAGGUCUUUAGUGAAUCAAAAAUUGUGGAAUACAGUGUGAAAGAAAAUUGGACUUCACCAGGAAAGGGAGAGAUGGUAAUUGAUAACAAACAACACUACAAGUUCUUGGGGAAAAACAUAGACAUGAUAUCCCUUAUCAAAUUGUAUGUCGAGGAAGGGAAAGUUGUUCGUCAUGAAGAUUGGUGGGACAAGAAGCCUCUUUGGAAUAGAGAAACAGUUAACCUGCCACUGGCUGGCAGAAUCAUGGAAAUGACUCGGAGGGGUUCAAUGCUGGCUACUCAUGCGAUGAUGGGGUUUGGGAAAGAUCCGACACUGUAAAGGCACUACUGAAACCAAUGAUGAAUUAUCUUCUGCUUCAUUAGGUGUGUGCAUUAGUUGUUUUCUUUUUUUCCAGUGUGUAUCGUUCAGAAAUGUCAGUAGCUUAUUCUAGUGGGUCGGGGCUUUGACCCACUAAUUAUGUAAGCUUUUUAUAGAAUCAUAAGCUAAGAUUGAUGCGAGGAAGAUUUGUGAAGGUUAAAUUUAUGAGCAAUAUUCUUGAAUCUUGAACUCAAUUCGUGUUAAUAAGAAUAAAAGUUUACUAAA